UCGCGGUGCUUUGCGUGACCGCGCUUCAUCUUCCAGAGGGAGAGAGCCUGCUCGCGCAUCACAGGCUCAGCUGACGCGGCGGUGGGAGCCCACGGACUCCGAAAGAGCUGAGGCUUUGAGCAGAGGUGAGAUUUAAUCCAUGAAUGGCCAGUUCCUCCCAGUCCUGCAGUGCACCAGCAUCAUGAUAACCCCACUCCUACCACAGACGCUGCUCUAGCUGCCGUCUAUCUAUCGCCAUGGUGAGAAGAAGCUCCUGGACCUUGACUUUGUUGUCAUGGUGACCGUGUAGCAAGAACCCUUUAACUCCUAUCUGUUCACAUAAAAGAGCACCAGGUAAAGAUUUCAAUCUGCUGCCAUGGCAAUGCUUUAGAGACACCCAGUAAAGACAAAUUGUGUUGCUAUGGUGACCCAGUAGCAGGCAACAAUAUCUGGCACAUCAGUCAGUCACUAUGGGAACAUCCAGGAUGUUCCGCAUUUUUGUAGUCCUGGGCUCGGCCUUCAUGAUCCUUCUGAUCAUCAUCUACUGGGAUGAUGUCGGAGCGUCUCAUCUCUAUUUGCACACGCCUGUCUCCCCGGGCCCCAAAACGCCACAUCCACCUCUUCAGCAGCAGCGGCCCCAAACGUCCCGGACCCCGUCUUUCCUGUCCGACAUUGAUGCCUUUGUUAACCAAUUCCUGGAGCCGGGAAGUGAUGAACCCACAGACCCCGCCCCUGUUGAAACUGGAAACCAAUCAGAGAAAGAAGAACGGUAUAUACCGCGACGUGAGUGGAAAAUUCACCUGACACCAAUCGCAGCCGAGCUCCGUGAGAGACAGGAGCAACGGCGGAAGUUACUCCAGGAAAUUUGUACUAAUGACAGUGUGGUAUUUCCUGGCAAAAACCGCUCAUUUGAUGACAUUCCCAACAAAGAGCUGGAUCAUCUCAUUGUUGAUGACAGGCAUGGGAUCAUCUACUGCUAUGUUCCCAAGGUAGCAUGCAGUAACUGGAAGCGGAUCAUGAUAGUUCUCAGUGAGAGUCUGCUGCACGAUGGCGUUCCACAGAGAGACCCACUGGCGAUCCCAAGGGACCUGGUCCACAACAGCAGCAUGCACUUCACCUUUAACAAGUUCUGGAAACGUUAUGGCAAGUUUGCAAGGCAUCUAAUGAAGGUGAAACUGAAGAAGUACACUAAGUUUCUGUUUGUGCGGGACCCCUUCGUACGUCUCAUCUCAGCCUACCGGAACAAGUUUGAGAUGCGCAAUGAAGAUUUCUAUAGACGGUUUGCACAAGUGAUGCUGCGUCGCUAUGCCAACCAGCCCACUCCUCCUGCGUCUGUGGACGAGGCAUUUUCUCUGGGUAUCCACCCCUCCUUCUCCCACUUCAUUCAGUACCUGCUGGACCCUCAGACAGAGAAGGAAAUGCCCUUCAAUGAGCACUGGCGGCAGGUGUAUCGCCUUUGCCACCCGUGCCAGAUUCAGUAUGACUUUGUGGGUCAUUUGGAGACGGCGGAGGACGACGCUGAGCACCUACUACGCCAGCUGCGUGUGGACAAUGUGGUGGAGUUUCCCACCUCACACAAAAACCUUACAUCCAGCAGCUGGGAGGCUGAUUGGUUCAGCACAGUGCCUGCCGAGGCACGAAAAGAACUCUACAAGCUCUAUGAACCGGACUUCAGGCUUUUUGGUUACGACAGACCAGACUCAUUACUCAAUGAGUGACACAACAAACCGGACCCCCACACAGACAUAAUGUUUUAUGUUGUAAUGAAACAACGCCACACUCCACCAACAGUAACAGCUCCCCUUGUCCUGGCCUUUGCAGAUGUUUUCCCUAGUUGUGUUUCUUUUACACUGAAUGUGCACAUUAUUAAGGACAUGCGUUCGCUUAAGGAAGCACACAAUGAAAUGAAGCAGGUCAGAUCCAUUAGCUAUUACUGUUUUCUUUAUCAGUCUCAGAAAUAAAAAAAAAAAAAAGAAGCACACAAGUUGAGGGACAGUUACCAUACAGUAUGGUUUGGAAUAAUAGUGCAUGUCCCUAAGAUUUUGUACAUUCACUGUUGUCAGAAAAACUCCAUAAAGAGAGUCUUGCACUCCUAUCUUUGAUGUCAUGCCACGCCUGUCAGUUUUGAUGUCACACUCAUGUGACUGACUUUGUAGCAGAAUGUUGCAGAGUAGCUUUGCCCAAAUGAUAUCACAAUGCUGUAUUUUGCUUGUGAUGUCAUGGAAAAUUUGGUGGUUUUAACACCAACACAGGACAGGACAUGACAGGGCCUUGUUGUUGGUUUUGGGAAUUUUGGUUGCUAUAACAAGGUGUUACUAGAUUAGUUGUAAAUGUAGUUGCACUAAAGUGGUAGGUGUCAGCUAAUUUAUUUCACAUGUGCAAUGUUUAUCUAAAGCAUGAAAGGGAUUUUUGUGUUGAACACUUGAGAACAAACUAAUACAGUCGUCUACAUCAGAAACAGGUAGAAGACAAUAGAAAACCUUCUGUAACCUUUUUCAUACACAGAUUAAAUAGGUACUUAUGUUACAUAACAUACAGUUCCACUGCAGCAACCAACCAUGUAGCUUCAGUAGACCUCAGUACGUUUGGUUUUAGCAUGGACUCAUUAAUAGAAUUAGCCUGGAAAAGACUUCAGCAGCUUGCUUUAUUUAACACAUUUCAAAGCAUGAUAUUAAGGCCACAUGUAGCCUCAUCCAUUGAAGCACAGCCGCUCCAGUGAAAAUAAAGCCGAAGAGCUGGAUUUGUCCCAGCUUGUCUUUGAAGCUUUAAACUGGAGUUUUAACAUUCUUUUGAUUUCAUCUCAGCUCGACAAGUGCAGCGAACCGUCACUACUGUGCAUUUUAUCGGGCAGUUGUCCAAAGGGAAUAUUCUCCUUGAUUCUUUAUUUUUACCAUGAUGAUGUUUUCGUCCGUAUCAUAUCACUUUCUGUUCUCAUGCAACAAAGCAUUCAUUAACACUGAACUAUAUUAAGUAACGCUGGAGACUGCAACAGUGUUGUGGAUCCAUCCUUAAUAUAAUGGACAGUUUUAAGGGCAGCAUUUUCAUAGGGUGCAGUUUUUUUGUAGCAAGUGGCUGAAAAGUGAAGCCAAGAAGUGUUUCUGAGUAUGUGCAAUGCUACUGCAUUGUUGGGAAGGUACAUUACUCCAAAACUAGCACUUAACGACAUGUAGAGGUGAUGCAACAGGAGGCUAUGGCCAGUAUAGCAGUUUUUAAGUAACUCUUUUAUUAAUCAUAUCACCAUCUAGGCAUGAAUUGGGCUACAUGAUGACUAAUGACAAGAGUGAGAGAAGAUAGUGCCUUUGGUUGCAAAAGUUUACACAGCAAAACAAGUAUUUUUGUAGAAGGACUUCAUUUUUACUCAAUACAGUGACCACUGUAUGAAGCCACAAAAAAGGUAUAUGUGAUAUACCAGGCCUUGUUUACCUUGUGUGGUUAUUAUAUGGGAAGAAUAGGAAAAAACCGAAUUUGCAUAAUUAAUGAUUCUGUGAGGAUUUUUUUUUCUUUUCUUUUUUUUUGAAGUGUAGUGUCCAGGAUUACUGUGCGGUUCGUACUGUACGUGAUGUCAAGGGCACGGUCUGUGCCACAUUAUUCUGCAAAAUGUACAUUUGCUCUAUUGAGUCAGUGUCGUCUAACUGCCUUUUGGUUUGUUUGUUUUAUAUAAGUGUGUGGCACUUUGCCACAGGACUUACUGCAUUUACAUUUUGUUUUUUUAAUGGUGUUGUUGCCGCCUGGAUGUGACAGACUCAUUAAGCGUCAGUGGCUGGUGUAAUCUUUCGGAGCAUUUCUCUGUGUAGAUCUGAAUAUACAGAAUAGCAUGCAGGAAAAAAUGACAACACAGUCAUCAUCACACACGCCCACCUCACCAGUGUUUUGAUUGUCAUCCCUAUCAGUUUUGUAUUUUAAUGUUCUUUUGCUGUAUUUUCCUAAGCUACUGUCCUGAUGGUAAUCAAGUCAACAAUGUGUACUUUUAUUCUGUUUUUUUAGUAUUUCAAAGGGCAAUCAACAAAACUGGAAGACAGAACUAUUUUGUUAGGAAAAAAGUUUAUUUAUUGGCAGAACAAAAACUCUCAGUACCUGCUGCUUACGAAAAGGGAAACUAAAUGUUCGGAUGUUUAUGGUUCUUUAAGAAUCUCACAUUUUGACUGCUGUUAUGUAAUGUUUUUCCAUGGUUUUGUUGAGGUUGCAGUGCCAAAUGUUGUCAUGACUGACUUGAAAACUACCCUUUAUAUUUUGACCUCAUUCGCACCCACAUUCGAAACAAAUCUAUUUUUGUGGUUGAUGUUUUUGUAAAAGCGUAGAUGCAAAGAAAAUCUACAGUUUGGCAUUUCAUCUAAGGUAAAAAUGCAAACUGUUCAUGCAGUUUAUGCUGUUUCAUCAGUAAUAUGGUGUUAUGUGGUCUGCAUAUAGGAGAAAUAAAGGUUGUGGGGCAUGAUGGAAGAUUAA